CGAGCUAAAACUUCUAACCACAAUCUCUUCCUCGCUCGCUAUUCACAGCCAUGCGCAUUCUCAUUUUUGGAGGGACGGGUCCCGCGGGUCUGCUCCUUAUUCGGCAUGCUCUGGAUGGCGGCCACAGUGUCGUUGUGUUUGCCAGGUCGCCCGAGAAACUGCCGCAGGAUAUCUCCGCCAAUCCGUCGGUCACUGUAGUCGAAGGACAAUUAACAGAUGCAGAGGCGAUCUCACAAGCAAUGGCUGGCGUGCACGCUGUGCUAUCAGCCCUGGGCCCUCCCCCUCGUCAGGGCAUAACAUAUCCCGGUAACACUCCACUCGCCCAUGCUUAUGGCCUUAUCAUCGAUGCCAUGAAAAAACAUGAUGUCAAACGCGUCAUCCUUCUUGGUACAGCUAGCAUCCAUGACGAACACGACAAAUUUAGCGUCCAGUUUAAGGCCCUCGUCGCAGGAGUAGCAAUAUUCGCUCACAACGCGUAUAAAGACGUUGUGGCGAUCGGAGAGCUAUUCAAAGCACAGGCGGAUGACGUUCUAUGGACCAUUGCUAGAGUGCCUAUCCUGACAAGCGAUGAAGCCGUUGAUUACGUCGCAGGGUAUAUUGGAGACGGCAAGGUCAGAACUGUCUUGUCCCGCGCUGCAUUCGCGGCAUUCGUCCUUCGGGAGUUAGAGAGCAAUGAGUGGUGUAGGAAGGCGCCUCUCAUUUCAUCGCCCUGAACAAUCUUGGUCGACUCGUGCGUCUUCACGGAGACGCUGUCACACCUAUUAUUACCUGCAACAAAUCAUGAUAUCUUCUAUGCCAAACCCUUCACCGUUCAAUAUUCUCUAUUUUGGAUCGCUUCCACCGUUUACAUACCUUCUCGAUUUCUGGUUGCAUUCCACGCAUACACCAUUGUUGUACAGAUAGUAGAAGCCUGAAUCAUAUGAUACCUUCGUCAUCCGGCUCCAGCGGUCCCUUACCUAUUUUCGUCCACACCCUGCUAUCGGCCACGGCCAUGAAGAAGAACAGAAGAGAACAGGCACAUAUGUCUUCGAGACGGAAGUGCACUUCCAUUUCUACCUCGCAUGAACCAAUAGGACUUUCAGUAUUUGUUAUGACUGAGGUGCUUCGAGUUCCCCGCAAGUCUCAAAUUUCACAGACAGUUGCGGUCCCUUGUUCACAAAUGACGAUCGUUCAAUGACUUGGGGAGAUGAUGCGGCUUUACAAUUAUUUGAAGCUUUUCCGUCACGUUGGGUCUCAUAAUCGGAGUGCCGUCUCUGGUACGCCGCAGUGCCAAAGUGU